UCUAGCCUCCAAAUUCUCUAGGGACAGACAUGGAACUCCAUAUUAAAAUGUGAAGGGUUUCUGUUUUCACUUCCUAAAGAAAUGCCAACAACUGAAAGAAGCUAUCCAACUAGCUAACAGUGAACAAGCUGAGCACUAGUACUGAGAGAUAUCCGACUCAUGGCUGCAGCAGGCUCUCCCAUGGCCAGGCGACGCUGGUCCAGUACACUAGCUUUGAAGGAAGGCUUCCUCCAGAAGAAAGGAGGAAUCAUUAAGAGUUGGAGCAGACGAUUCUUCAUUCUCAACAAACAGUCUCUGGUCUACUUCAAGCGAGAGCAAGACUUAACCAAUGGACAGCUUCAAGAAGACCUCCAACCUUUGGGUCGGAUAUUCCUGUCUGACAUUGUCACCAUCGUCACAGACGGUAUUGAGAAAAAGAGAUCGUUUGUGUUUGCUCUCCAUACAAAGAAGAGAGCUGUUCUAUUACAAGCUGCCAGCAAUGAGGACCGACAAGGUUGGGUGGAGACCAUUAGGAGGGCACUGGAGUCAGAGGGGGAGGCUGAGAAGAAGGAUCCAUUCAGGAAGACACUACGCAGACUCAGACCAGGUCUGAAGAGGAUCACGUUGGUAAAGGACCCAGACAAAGGUAUUGGAUGUACCAUCAAGAAUGCUGCCGGGCAUAUUCUGGUCAACCGGAUCCUAGAGGAUGGGCCUAUUGCCAUCACGGGAGUACUCAGACCAGGUGAUGAGAUACUGGAUAUUCAUGGAACCUCGGUGACUGGACUCACUAUUAAAGAAGUGGCAGAAGUGAUUAAGAACGUGCCUUAUGAGUUCUUAGCGACGGUCCGACCAAUCACAGCUCUGAAGAGAAGAGCUGCUCCUGACACAUCUCGAACUUUGUACUCUACCAUUGUCCCGCAAACCCCCACUGGUUCCCAUGACAACCAACCAGCAUUUGCUAUUCAUGACCCAGCGACAACUCCGUCAUGUGACGAACUAGAGGACUGUGGUAACUAUGAUGAUGAGGAUGACGGAGACACGCCCCCACCACUCCCGCCUCGUACAGAAGACGCCCUCAUUAUUGUGGACCACCCCCCUCCCAACAAACCCCCUCCAGUGCUACCCCCACGACCCACCCCUCUCAUGGCAGUCAAGAGAGACUGUAUAACCCAGCGCUCCACUGAAGGCCUCUCUCAUCACCCCUUGCUAGCUAUAGGGAAGAAGAGUCUGUCUCAAGGGGACAGUGUGGAUGAGGUGGACCACACCUAUGAUAUGCUCCAACCACGCCUUCCACAAAGACGACAACACUUGUAUGAAACCAUUGACAAGAUACAGCCCAACAAACUGAUCUAUGUAGACGUAGACUUGUCUCAUAGGACAGAAGUUUAGCAUUUGAUCACACCAAUUAUCAGCAUGUUGUCAUUGUGACACUGAAAUCGUUUGCUAGUGAAAAAUUUUUAAUGGUUGUC